CAAAAGCAGUCUUCUCUUUCACUGUUCUACAUCUCUCUCUACUCUCUAAACGAUGGCAAACAACUGUAAUUUAGUCAGUGUUCUAUGUGUAUUUUUGGUAUUGACUCUCUUUCACAACCCCAUCACCGUCUCCGGACAGAAUGUUCCGGUGGUGGCCUUGUUCACCUUUGGUGACUCCAACUUCGAUGCCGGAAACAAACAGAAUCUCACCAAAACCUUAGUCGCUCAAGGUUUCUGGCCGUAUGGAAAAUCCCGAGAUGAUCCCAACGGCAAAUUCUCCGACGGCUUCAUCGCUCCGGACUUCGUCGCAAAAUUCAUGAAGAUCCCGAUCGCGAUCCCGCCGGCGCUUCAACCGAACGUCAAUGUCUCACGUGGAGCUAGUUUCGCCGUCGCCGAUGCUACUCUACUCGGAGCUCCAGUGGAAUCUUUGACUCUGAAUCAACAAGUGAGAAAAUUCAAUCAAAUGAAAGCAGCAAAUUGGAACGAUGACUUCCUGAAGAAGUCAGUGUUUAUGAUAUACGUUGGUGCAAACGAUUACUUGAAUUUCACCAAGAACAACCCUAACGCCGAUGCAUCUGCUCAACAAGCUUUUGUCACUUCCGUGACCAACAAGUUAAAGAACGACAUCAGCUUGUUGUAUUCAUCAGGAGCGAGUAAAUUCGUGAUCCAAACCCUAGCUCCAUUGGGUUGCUUACCCAUCGUCAGACAAGAUUACAACACCGGGAUGGAUCAAUGCUAUGAGAAACUCAACGAUUUGGCUAAACAACACAACGAGAAAAUUGGACCGAUGUUGAACGAAAUGGCUAGAACAACUCCUGGUUUCCAAUUUACCGUUUUUGAUUUCUACAAUGCCAUUCUUACUAGGACGCAGAGGAACGCAAACUUCCGGUUUUUCGUUACGAAUGCAUCGUGCUGCGGAGUUGGGACUCACGAUGCUUAUGGUUGCGGUUUACCUAACGUGCAUUCGAGGCUAUGCGAGUACCAACGGUCUUACCUAUUCUUCGACGGACGUCACAACACCGAGAAGGCGCAAGAAAUGUUUGGUCAUCUUCUUUUUGGAGCGGAUACAAAUGUUGUCCAACCAAUGAACGUCCGUGAGCUUGUUGUUUACCCAGUCGAUGAACCUAUGCGUGAGUUUUGGGUGCCUCCAACAACGUCAGCCACUGUUCAAGCCAGCGACUCUAGCUCCUCCUCUAGCCGCGGUUACGAGUAUUACUGAGUCUCUCUAAAAAUCAGUCUUUAGGGUCAAUCAUGUUUCUACAAGGCUCGUGAGUUAAAUUUUAAUCGAAUCAAAAUCGGAAUCUUGAUGUGUAACGUUUUUUCGUUUUCCCUAGUGAGUUUUCCUCUAUUAAUAAAAGAUUGAUCUUUGC